AUGAUCUUUGGAGUGGCCAGUAUUGAUCCAAAGAGAAGAGAUGAAUUGAUCAAGGUGUUGGACAUCGAUAUCUCAUGGAGCUUGCACAAGGUAUCGGAUGGCCAAAGAAGAUGUCUCCAGAUUUGUAUGGGACUCCUCAAGCCAGUUAAGGUCAAAGGAUCUGCAGGAUAUGUGGAUCCAGAUUAUCUAAGGACAUUUCAACUAACUGACCUGAGUGAUGUUUACUCUCAUGGUGUUUUGCUCAUUGAGCUUCUCACCGGAAGAUGUCCCAUUGAGUUCAAGAACCACGAGGCGUUAAAGAGACUCAUAGACGAUGAAGCUUUUCUUCGACCCGUUGCUGAAGAGAAACAGAGCUGCUAUUGA